CUCCACUUUCAAAAAAUUGUUCAAUUUCACAUAACCAUUACACGCUAAUAAAGAUGAAACAUUUUACAUCUGUCAUUCUCUUCUUAAUUGUCGCUUCUAUUGGAGUGACCGUCAAUGCUAUCGUGACGGGAACAUAUUUUGACCGAAUUGUUUUAGUCAUUUUUGAAAACACUGGAUAUACUAAAGCGAUUGCACAAGACUAUUUUAAAAACAUAACUCAGCGUAGUAAUGGCCUUCUUCUUUCCAACUUUUUCGCAGUCACACAUCCUUCUCAGCCAAAUUACAUUGCCGAAAUUUAUGGUUCAACAGCUGGUAUCACAGACGAUUCCAAUCACAACAUUGCUGGAAAAAAUUUAGUUGACCUUCUUGAAGCUAAAGCCGGCAACUGUUACACUGGUGCUACUGCUCCUUCUGGCCAACAUUUAUACGCAAGAAAGCAUAAUCCUUUCAUUUCAAUGGAUGACAUAAGAACAAAUUCGACUCGUUGUGCAAAAAUAGUUCCCGGUACCCAACUUGAUACUGAUAUUAAUAAUAAUGCAGUACCACAAUUUGUCUAUUAUACACCAAAUCAAAAUAAUGACGGACAUGACACUG